UUGCGAAGCUGUCAUGGCGGCUCCCUGAGGCCGGUCGCGGCACAUGGGUUGGGAACUCGGUGGCGGCGGUCAGUGAGGGAGUAGCACCUCAGUCUGGCUGGUGGGGGGCCGCAGAGUGAGCGCGAGGCGGCGGCAGCAGCAGCAGCAGCAGUGGAGGAUGUGGGCGCUGGAGUGGGCGCUCCUGAGGGGCUUCCCCAGCGCCGCGGAGUCCCGGCGGGGGAAGCAGAGCGAGUUGACCGCGGCAGGAAGUGAAUCCUUACUGCAGUUGCAUUUCGAAGGGAACUAUGAGGCCAUUUUAUUAAGUGAAGUGAUCCAGGAUGUUUUCACUACACUCACCAUGACAGAGGAGAAGAUUGACACCUACUUGGAGAAGCUGAUAGUAGCGUACCUGGACUGUUCUGCUGCAGAUGCUGAUAACGUGGAAAGACAAAGGUUGAUAUUUCUGCUUGGCGUGGGCAGUUUGCAGCUCUUUGUUCAGAGCAAUUGGACUGGACCUCCUGUUCACUUACAGCCUCAGGACUUUUUGCCAUCUUCAUUGUUACACCAGUUCUGUGAGCCCAAAGCAUUGUGUACAGCUGUUCUGAGUAUGCUGGUUCUGGAUGGUGAAUCAGUCUAUAAUCUGACUUCUCUUCCUAUCUUGCUGAUGUUAGCCAGAGUGAUUCUUGUGCAUUCAAGACAUAAACUUGCUGCUAUUCAGACAUUGCCUUGGUGGACUUUGCGAUAUGUGAAUAUUCACCAGCAGUUGCUAGAGGAGCGAUCACCUGAGCUCUUCGCUCUUGCCCAGAGUUGUAUAGAACAAGUGACAAACUUAGAGACUUUGUUCACAGAUGAUGAAUGUUGGCAUUUGGCAGUUCAGUUCCAUCUUGAAUGUGCCUAUACAUUUUUGAAUUACUAUGAGUAUAAAAAUGCUAAAAAGCAUUUCAGCGCAGCUAAGGACAUAACCAAACUACAGAUUAAUUUGACAGGUGCUUUGGGAAAAAGGACACGAUUUCAGGAAAAGCAUGUAGCACAGCUGCUACUUGAUGUCCAAAGAAAAGAUGAUGUCCUCCUUUCUCACCGUGAGCUAAGCCCAGCACCUACUGAUCUAGAAAAUUUAACAAAGAAUUAUGAUUUAAAUGAUGACACAGUGCUAAAUGAGAUAAAAUUAGCAGAUGCUAAUCAGUACCAGUUGCCUGACCUAUGUGCAGAAGAACUUGCUGUUAUCCUUGGAGUUUGCAUAGAUUUCCAAAAGAACAACCCAAUACACAAGCUAACUGAAGAGGAGCUUUUAGCAUUUACAUCGUGUUUACUUUCACAACCUAAAUUCUGGGCCAUUCAAACUUCAGCCUUACUUCUCCGGACAAAACUUGAGAAAGGAAGCACUCGUCGAGUGGAACGGGCAAUGAGGCAGACUCAGGCACUUGCAGAUCAAUUUGAAGACAAGAAAACAUUGGUAUCUGAACGACUGAAGAUUUUCUACAGUUGUCAGGUGCCUCCACACUGGGCCAUAGAGCGACAACUUGCAAGCUUACUCUUUGAACUGGGGUGCACAAGUUCAGCUCUACAGACCUUUGAGAAGCUGGAAAUGUGGGAAGCUGUAGUAAUCUGCUAUGAAAGAGCAGGACAGCAUGGGAAGGCGGAAGAAGUCUUGAGACGAGAGCUAGAGAAAAAGGAAACACCAGGAUUAUAUUGCUUGCUUGGCGAUGUUCUUAAAGAUCACCAGUACUAUGACAAGGCUUGGGAGUUAUCUAAGCAUCGCAGUGCCCGGGCCCAGCGCUCCAAGGGCCUCCUCUAUCUUCGCAACAAAGAGUUCAGAGAAUGUGUGGAGUGCUUCGAACAUUCGGUGAAGAUUAACCCCAUGCAGUUGGGUGUGUGGUUUUCUUUGGGCUGUGCCUAUUUAGCUUUGGAAGGCUAUGACGGUGCUGCCAGAGCAUUUCAGCGCUGUGUGAUGUUGGAACCUGAAAAUGCUGAGGCCUGGAACAAUUUAUCAACUGCAUAUAUCAGAUUGAAACAGAAAAUCCAAGCAUUUCGCACUCUCCAAGAAGCUCUCAAGUGUAACUAUGAACACUGGCAGAUUUGGGAGAAUUACCUUGUUACCAGUACAGACAUUGGAGAGUUUUCAGAAGCAAUUAAAGCUUAUCACCGGCUCAUGGAUUUACAAGAAAAGUACAAAGAUGUGCAGGUGCUGAAUAUUCUGGUCAGGGCAGUGGUGGAUGGAAUGGCUGAUCGCAAUGGAGAGGUGGCAACGGGGUUGAAGGGGAAAUUGCAGGAGCUGUUUGGCAGAGUGACUUCAAGAGUGACAGGUGAUGCGGAAAUCUGGAGACUGUAUGCCAGACUCUGUGGAAAUGGACACAGUGAUAACCCUGAAGAUAUUGAAAAGUCACUACAGUAUCUCACCAAGGCACAUAAAUGUGAAAUGCAAUCAGCAGAUUGGGAGAAAGAUAUUUCGUCUUUUAAAGAAUUGGUGAAAGGAGCCAUAGAGCUUGCCCAUGUGGCAAUAAAGUGCAGUAAAAACAAAUCUAAUCACCAGGAAGCUUUGCAGAUACUUUCUUCAGCUCGACUCAACCUGCGUGGAUUGACAUCCAAAGCAAAGCAACUUUUUGCCGAUGCAACAAGCAGUGAGGUUUCCAGUGAAUUGGUUGAUGAAGUAACAGCUAUGGACAGCAUGAUUGCUGAACUGCAAGAAAUGAGCAACCAGCUGAGGAAUCAGUGCUGAGAUAAAAAUAAGAUUUCCUAGAAGGAAGACAACGAUGACAUACUUUAUUUGCUCCAGUUUCUGCUGACAACAACUGUAACACACAACACACAUUUUUAAUAAAUGUUUUCCUGUACAACGUUGAUGUCCUUACAGUCAGAUUCCCUAAGCUUCUAAACUGCUUUUAAGGUCAUGUCUACUAAAUCUCUUAAAAUUGUGUGUCUGCUUCUGUAGGGCCUGAGUUUUCUGGAAUAAAACCAAUUGUAUUUAUAAGGCAUUUAUUUAGGAUUAGUUCUGCCUGAGUGCAUUAUAUAAUUGGCUCCAGGAUAUAGCUGUACACUGCUGCAGAGUGGAGAGAGUAAGCGAUCCCAGUGAUGUUAUAGCAUAGGAGGAAAUGCAAAAUGAUUUAGAUCUUGUCUUAAUUGGGAAAAGGGGAAAGGCGAGACAUAGGAAAAAUUCUAGUUUGUUACGUUUUUUUAUUUUCUGUUAUCUCAAGCAAAUGUCGUGUUGUCCAAGUAGCUGGGUACUUGCAAGGUGAAUAUUUAAUGACAAGUUAUUAAAUUAAAAAUAUAGUGAUGGA